GUUGACUUUUUUCUGCACACUCACAUCGUAUCGUACUUGUAUUUUCGCAUUGAUUCGAAGGAAAAAAAGAAAGAUUAUCCAAAUAAAUUACAUUUUAACUCAAUGUUAAUGAAUAAAACCCACGACGAAAAAGUUCUAGCAAAUAAAAGCAAUGAUUGCUAAUGUGUAUAAGUGCAAAUGUCAAAAGUAUUGUGAUUUUAACGGUCAAGUUAUGAGAGAACAGAAUUAGAAUAAAAAAAAAAUUUUUCAUCCUCAUGCUUUUGCUUGUGAAACAUACUUAUAUAUAACAGAAGAAGGAAAGUUUGACGUCGUCGUUGAUGUGAAAGAAGAAAAAAAACGAAACGAAUCAAAAAAAUGGUGAAGCAAAAAUUAUACGUAACCAAAAAAUGUAUGAAAAAAAUGAAGUGUUAUCUUGUUAAUUGAAAUUAAAGAAAUUCAUAAAAUUUUUGUGUUUGUUGAGACAAGCAGACACAUAUACACACACAAGGAAAUCACGCCGCAGCAAAACGAGCGUGGCAUCAUCAGCAUCAUCAUCGGCUACACCACCUCCUCCAUUGAGUGCCAAUUCCAAGAGAGAAAACGGCUUGAUUGCGAACGAAUUCAGUUGAAUAUAUACCGGCAAACGUGUUGGAUGUCUGGCCUGAAAUAGGAGCAAAAGAGAAAAAAAAACGCCUGAAAAUAUGCUAUAAUAUAUAUAAAGGAAUUGCAAAUGUUAAAAUAUAUCACAUUGUUAAGGAACCAAAUUUACUUUCGAAACCACAAUUAAAUCAAUCAAAUCCAAUGAAACGACGAAAUUGAAAGAAAAUCUCCACAAAAGAAAUAAACUAUCUAUCCAACAAACAUCAGCAAGUGCCCGGAAAAUUGUGCGAAAUGAAUAUGAAGAUUAUUCAGAGUGUGCAUGAGAAACAAAAAUUUAAAUCUUUAUCAAUGCAUACAAUUAGUAAACGUAAUAAGCAAUUAAUUAUUAAUAAUUUAUUAUUAAAUUUAUUUCACUCCUCAAACCUAUUAGUUAUAGUUCAGCAAUUUAUAGAACAAGAGCUGUUGUCGUUUGAUGUUAACAAAAAUUCUAAGUUUAUGUGUAAUUUUAUGUAAACGAUAAAACAGCAAAGAGAAACUUCAAAAAAAAAUCUCCAGAAAAGUGCAAGAAAUAAUUACAAACAAUUAAGAAAGCGAUAAUACAAAAAACUGAAAUUUUGUGAAAAUCUAAAAACAGAACCUUAAAAACAAUUAUCCCCAGAAAAAAAAAAAAAAAAGAAAACAAUUUAAAAAGUCAAUACCCCCCACACACACACACAAAUUCUAUUUGUCAUUAUUGUAACCCAGUACUUAAGCGCUUUUAACAACGCUUAUUAAACAAAGUUUUGUCAAUUUUUGUUUAAAUCGUAAUGCAUUCAGUUCAAAGUUCAAAGAAACAAUUAAAACUGAGAAGUAGACAACGAAGACAUCGUACUAGCCACGACGGUGUACGAGCAGCAAAAGCAGUCGAAGUAACACCAGCACCAGCAGCAGCAACAACCCGAAAUCCAUUGUACAGCAAAUCAAGCCGAAGGACCACAUUCUUUGGUGUUAAAUCAGUUCCUAAAAUUCCAACCAUUGUGCAUGGCAUUGUAGUCUCGAAUCUGUCACUGGUGUUGUUGCAAAAAGAAUACAUUGAACAAUUCUAUUUUGAGAAACGCAGCGGCGGGGGAGGACCCGAGGAUCCGGACAUACUAGGCAAAUGUCAUAUGUUGGCCAAGUCACGGCAUCUGUAUCAUGGAUGAUUGAUAAUCAAGGAUAAAGAUUGCUGGUUGCCCAAGACAUUGGCAGCCUGGCAAUAUUUGUCAACGGUCAAUUUAAGUUUGCAGCAUAACCUCCAACAGCAGCCACAGCAUCAUCAAUUGAAACGCAGACGCUUAAAAACACGUUCACGCAAUCGUUAAAUCGCCCGUCUAGAACAGUAUUGAUUUUCAUGCGGAAAUUUCAAUUUCAAUUUCGAUAUCGAUUUGUUUGAAAUUGAAAACCCCAUCCCCCCAAUUGAAGGUUUAUUUGGUUGGUUGGUUUGGUGGAGAUACCUACUACAAGGAAGGCCUAGAACAAAAAAACAACCUGGCAAACUGGCCUGGCUGCUGCUGCCUGUCAAGCUCUCCUAGCCGCCGUAUACAUUUAACGCCAGAACAUCAUCGCUUUGAUUUGUUCGUGGUGGUGGCGUUGGAAUCGUAUCACAUCUCAAUUCUGGUUGAUUUAAAUUUCCACACGAUCACAAUAAUUUGUCUUUCAAAAUGGAACUCAGUCAACCAAGAGACGUGUCGUUAUUACAUUCAUAUCAGCAAUGUCUAGAAUGUUGUUAUCGUUGUUGUUGUUGUAACAUUAGUUUGGAAGAAGACAAUGAUAAUUCAAGCCGUGCUGGCCGCAUUGCUGUUAAUAACACUAAUGUAAGGGUUGCUGCAGGAGCCAAGAAGCUGCGAAGCUGACAUUAUCUACUGCUCUAUGAAAAGGAAACAAAAUACAACAAGACAACAUAGCUAAAAAAAAUAAAGAAGAAGAAGAAAAAAAGAAGGACUUUUUUGAAAAAAAAAAAACGAGAAAAAGAAAUUACCAAAAAAAUAAAAGACUUUUUGUAUAAAAGAAAAAAACAACAAGUUAUUGAAAUAUAAAACACAAACAUUAAACCCAAAACUCGCUUGAAACCAAAAAAAAAAAAAGAAAUCAAAAAACGGAAAUUAAAAAAAAAACUAAUUUAAAAACGCACAUUUAUUUCAAAAUCCAAGAAAAACGAACAAAAAUUAUACAAAAAUGCAAAAAUACACUGUUCUCAAGGAUGCCGGCCUUCCGGCUGCAGCAUCUGAAGUACCGCUAAUGAACGGCCACACUGAUUCUCAACUCUCUGAACAAGAAGCCAUGGACAACAUGGACAAGGAGGAAACUCUAUCCAAAGAUACACCCACCUUACAGCAUUAUACGAAUAAGGCCAACAUUGCAAAAUUACAAUGGUGGAAUACACCAACACCUCGCCUUACCCUGGAUGCGUUCAAACAAACAACACCAACUCCUACUCCAAUCAUGCAGAAUGGCAUCAAUUCAUCCAAUCCAUCGCCGCCAUCUGCUAAUGGUGGCGAUGAUUUGUUGCGAAAAUCCUUUGAAAUGCAAAAUCAAAGCAGCACUCCGCCACAACAGCUGCAAACACCACGUUCUGUAUUUGGUGGCUCGGCUGGGGAUAAUUCUCCUCUGUCGAAAAGUGCCAGCAGUUCACGUCAUCGUCUAAAUCACCAAACCGCCGCAGGCCAUGCUCCUCAUCAUCACCAGUCUUCGAGCAGUGUUGAUAAUGCCUCACCUCGCAUUCGUCUAACCAAUCAAUUUAGCAUCGAAGAGGAACCCGAUCCUAAUAAACAGGACUCACAACUGCUUUUGAAUGAUACAAAACCAUGCACUGGUUUGCUGAAUCCCAACGAAGAAGAUGAAAUGAAAAUAACCGGCUAUCGCCGGUCAGUAAUGCGCACCGCCCUCUGUUGGAUGUGCAUUUGCCUGACCGGCGGUCUGUUGCGUUUGAUAUUGCAUUGGUGGCGUCAUUGGUAUCUAAUGGCCACCCAUGAAAUCUGCAGCUUGGAAGAAGCCGACAAAGUUCUGGUACAAGAAGAUUACAAGGGCAACCAUAAAAUUUACUAUGUCAAGGAGAUACAGAAUUUAGACAUUAAUACCUUGAGACAAGAACAGUUAAAGGCUGCCAAACAACAGAAAUCUUCAUCGCCUGCCAGAAAUCCGGCGACAUCGACGGCGGAAAGCAAUAAAGAAUCGAUGGCCAAUGGUUGUAAUAAUGUUGAGAUGGGCGAUGGUGCUAUUGCAACACUUAAUGAUUUGGAUGAAAGGAAUUUCCAUUUGUCAAUGCAUUUUGCAACGGGACAAUUUAAAUAUUGUACCAGUGCCCGGAUUUUCGUAUGCAAACAACUGCGCUAUGCCUGGAAUUCCCAAACGCAAACGUUUGACAAAUUGCAGGGUUUAGAUGUCGACGUUGCCAAUGCAUAUUUCCAUCAGCAACAUGGCUUGAGCCAACAGGAGAGAGUGGCCCGGCGUCUGGUCUAUGGGCCAAAUGAAAUAACAGUUCCUUAUAAAGAUGUGAAAACAUUGUUGUUCUUAGAAGUACUUAAUCCAUUUUAUGUAUUCCAAAUAUUUUCGGUGAUAUUGUGGUUCACCUACGAUUACUAUUACUAUGCCUGUGUCAUUGUGCUGAUGUCGGUGUUCGGCAUAACCAUGUCGAUAAUACAAACGAAAAAGAAUCAAGAUGCCCUCCGUGAGACGGUACAAAAUACAGGCACUGCCCUAAUUGUGGGUGAACGGGGCGAGGUCCACGAGGUGCCGACCCAACGUCUGGUGCCGGGUGAUAUCAUUGAAAUUCCCUCCAGUGGUUGUACAAUGCAAUGUGAUGCGGUGCUGUUGUCGGGCAAUUGUAUCCUCGAUGAGGCCAUGUUAACUGGUGAAAGUGUACCGGUUACCAAGACGCCACUGCCAUCGAAACGUGAUGUUGUCUUCGACAAAAAGGAGCAUGCUCGCCACACGCUCUUCUGUGGCACCAAAGUCAUACAGACCCGUUAUAUUGGUUCGGAAAAGGUGCUAGCCAUUGUCAUUAACACGGGCAAUAUAACGGCCAAAGGCGGUCUCAUACGUUCCAUAUUGUAUCCACCACCCGUUGAUUAUAAAUUUGAGCAGGACUCUUAUAAAUUUAUUGAGUUUUUGGGUUUAAUUGCCUUAAUUGGAUUCAUAUAUACGCUAGUCAGUAAGAUAAUGAGAAACAUAGAUGCCACCAAAAUAGCUGUUGAAUCAUUGGAUUUGAUAACGGUUGUUGUGCCUCCAGCCUUACCAGCUGCCAUGACAGUGGGCCGUUUUUAUGCCCAGAAGCGGUUGGAACGCAAUAAUAUUUAUUGCAUUUCGCCCAGAUCGAUUAAUGUUGCUGGCAGCAUCGAUUGUUGUUGUUUUGAUAAGACGGGUACCCUUACCGAAGAUGGCCUGGACAUGUGGGGUGUUGUACCCAAAUCGGCCACAAAUCAAUUUCAAAUUCCCAUCAAACAAAUCGAACGUCUACCCUUCGAUAAUUUCCUCUUUGGCAUGGUCACCUGCCAUUCGAUUACCAUCAUGAAUAACAAAAUGAUGGGUGAUCCUUUGGACUUGAAAAUGUUUGAAUCGACCGGUUGGAUACUGGAAGAUGCCCAAGGUGUGCCGGAUAAUCAGAAAUAUGGUUUGCUGCAUCCCACCGUGGUGAGGCCACCCAAAAAAGAAAUUCUCCCACAAAUGGAAGAAAAAAUGGUUGAGCGACAAUCUUCGGUGGAUGAUUUGUUAUCCGAUGUGGGUCUGCUGAAUGGUGAGGCUGUCAAUGAUCAUGGUAUUGUCCGGGAAUUCCCAUUUACCUCAAACCUACAACGUAUGUCGGUGAUAACUCGUCGCCUCAGCGAAAAACAUUUCAAUGUCUACUGCAAGGGAUCACCGGAAAUGUUACAGCAACUGUGCCUGCCCGAAAGUCUGCCCGACAACUUUUCCCAACAAUUAUCGGUGUAUGCCAAGCAGGGCUAUCGUGUCAUAGCCCUGGCCUACAAAUCUCUAAGUACCAAAGUUAAUUAUACCAAAGUACAACGUUUGCCUCGUGAAAGUGUCGAAAGUGAUUUGGAGUUUUUGGGUUUUGUGGUGCUGGAGAAUCGUCUGAAACCCGAUACCUCAGAGGUCAUUGAGGCCUUGACCAAGGCCAAUAUACGUUCGAUUAUGAUAACGGGUGAUAAUAUCUUGACGGCGUUGAGUGUGGCCCGUGACUGUGGUAUUGUCAGUACGAAUCAGCCGGUGGUAACGGUGAAUGUACGUCACAAAGCCGAUGCGGAUGGGGGAGAACAUCAACAUCAUCAUCAUCACCACCACCAUCAUCAUCACCAUUCGCAUCAACACAACGACACGGAUCACAGUAAUUAUGAGCUUUAUUAUACCCUGGAUUUGGGCAGUGCCUCGUGUGCCUCUACCUCAAUGACAAAUGGUAAAACUAACGGCACCCUCGCCUCAUCCAAUACCAAUGAUUCGUUGUAUGACACCAACUAUCAUCGCUUGAAUGGCGAUGUUGCCUCCCUGUCGAGUGCUGCCUCAAUUACCAUGCCAAACAGCAAAAGUUGUGGUAGUGUUGAAACUGUCGAUACCUGGACCCACAAUGACAUGGAGCUGGGUCUAAACUCACCCAUGGAUGCGGCCGAACCACCAUCAUCAUUGUUGGACAAGAAUUGGCGUGACAACUAUCGUUUCGCCAUGGUCGGCAAGACAUGGCAAAUUGUCAAGGACCACUUUCCCGAUCUGCUACCCAAUUUCCUGACACGUGGUGUCAUCUAUGCCCGCAUGUCGCCCGAACAAAAACAAGCCCUUGUCGUGGAGCUGCAAAAUCUCGACUAUUGCGUGGCCAUGUGUGGCGAUGGUGCCAACGAUUGUGGUGCCUUAAAGGUCGCCCAUACGGGCAUAUCCCUAAGUGAAACUGAAUCUUCAAUUGCCUCGCCGUUUACCUCGCGCAAUCCCACCAUAGCUGCCGUACCGAAUGUCAUCAAAGAGGGUCGUGCCGCCCUGGUCACCUCAUUUGGCAUCUUCAAAUACAUGGCUGCCUAUUCGAUGGUACAAUUUGUAUCGGUCAUGAUUUUGUAUUCCAUCGAUUCGAAUCUAACGGACAAACAGUAUUUAUACAUUGAUCUGGGUUUAAUAUCCAUCUUUGCAUUUUUCUUCGGGAAAACGGAAUCGUUUAAUGGACCAUUGGUUAAACAGGUGCCGCUGUCAUCGUUGAUAUCGCUGACACCGCUGGCUUCGAUCGUCUUGCAUUUGUUGGUGGUUAUUGCAUUCCAAGUAGCGGGCUGGUUCCAUGUUCACCAACAGGAAUGGUUCGAACCCUUCGUCUAUAGCAGCGACGAACAUUUAGGCUGUUGGGAAAACUACACCAUGUUUGCCAUAUCCAGUUUCCAGUAUAUCAUUUUAGCUUUUGUCUUCUCCAAAGGUGCUCCAUAUCGUCGGCCGAUCUGGUCAAAUAUACCCUUCUGUUUGACGCUCAUUGUUAAUAUAUGUAUUGUUAUCUACCUCAUUAUCUAUCCACCGGCAUGGUUGUCUGAAUUUUUCCAAUUGAUACUGCCGCCCGAAAUGGAUUUCCGCUAUUGGAUGUUGAUAUAUGGUGCUGCCGCAUUUGUGGCUCAUGUGGCCAUCGAAACGCUAAUUGUGGAAUAUUGUCUCUUUAAGAAGUUCCAGGCGAAACGUGAUCGUGAUGUGAAGACAUCGAAACGUCGUUACAUGCAAAUUGAAUACGAUAUGAAAUUCUAUCAGAAUUGGCCACACAUUAGCGAGGUUGUUGAGUCGAUGCCAGUGGAAAAGAAACAGAGUAACAUAAAUCCGGCCUAUUUUGAAAUAAGUGCCGAGCAAAAUUUCGAUACACCGGUGUCGGAUGAAAACAAUCCCUUGAAUAGUUUCUUUGAUGUGGAAACGUCAACAACACCAACGCCACAGCUGGAACAACAAUAUGGUGUGCCAACAUCUCAGUUCUUCAAUGCAAACACAGACGACGGUGCAGCAGCAGCAGCAGCAACAGCGGCAAAUGUUGCAAAUAUUUAGAGAAUUUAUUUAAAAAUAUAGAAAGAAGAAGAAAACCCUCUUUCCCUUUUCUUUUUUAGAAGAAGGAUAGCAUACUUAUUAAGUGUAAAAGUCAAGUUAAAUUGUAUAUUAAGGAAUGAAUGAAAAAAAAAAAGAAACCAACAACAGAUAGUUCAAUUUUGUAGAAAUAUUUAUAUUAUUUUGUACUUAUAAAGAUUAAAACAAAAGAUAUCAAACAAAAAUUAAUGCCGAGAAACUUACUACCAUUAUUAGCAACA